AUGACCCUGACGUGACCAGACGUGACCUCAGGUCUGAUUUCUGGAUUUUGUGGAAGACAGACGACGAAAAAGACAGAACACAAUGUCAUCGUACCAGUCUCUGGAAGGUGUGCCAUCAUUGGCCAAGCUGGAUCGUGCGGAAGAGUUCAAGGGCGCGGGGGGGUUCAUCAUCGCUACCGACCCGCUAUCCCAGCGUGCUGCGGACGUCCGAGCACACAGGGUCAACUGGCAGUCCUAUCUACAGGGCCAGAUGAUCUCACAAGAAGACUUUCAGUUCAUCCGAGAGUUCGACAACGUGUCUGCUGAGAACAGGGAGAAGGUGCUGCAGGACAAGGGCAUGCAGGCAGUGAAGACAUUCCAAAACCUGAUGGGGAAGAUUUCCAAGGACCAGACUGUGCAAUACAUCCUGACUAUGGUGGAUGACAUGCUACAGGAGAAGCAUGAUCGAGUGAACUUGUUCUUUGACUAUGCCAAGAAAAUGAAGACUGCGCCCUGGUCUCAGUUCAUCAACAUGCUGAACAGACAGGACCAGUUUGUCAUUAACCAGGCUGCCCGGAUCAUUGCUAAGCUGGCAUGCUGGGGACGUGAGCUGAUGGAAGGGUCUGACCUCACCUACUUCUUCACCUGGCUGAAGAACCAGCUGGUUGCUAAGGACAACGACUACCGACAGACUGUGGCGGGAUGUUUGAUGAUGAUGCUGAGAAUUAACGAGUACCGUCUGGGCUUCAUGAGACUGGAUGGGAUCAACACGUUGGUUACCGUAGUAGCAGCCAAUAAGAUAGGUUUCCAGCUGCAGUAUCAGAUUACAUUCUCCAUGUGGCUGCUGGCUUUCAACGCAGAGAUUGCCAUGCAGAUGGACAGAUAUAAUGUCAUUCCCGUCCUGAGCGACGUAUUGAGAGAGUCAGUGAAGGAGAAAGUCACUCGUAUUGUCCUGGCAACUUUCCGGAACCUCCUAGAGAAACCCACAGACAGAGACUGUAUCAAAGACCAUGCACUAGCCAUGAUCCAGUGUAAGGUGUUGAAACACCUGGAAGUCCUGGAGGGCCAGAAGUUUGAGGACCCAGACAUCACCGAGGACAUCGAGUUCUUGGAGGAGAAACUUCAGGAGAGCAUGCAGGACCUCAGCUCCUUUGAUGAGUAUUCCAGCGAGGUGCGGUCAGGUCGACUGGAGUGGAGCCCCGUGCACAAGUCUGAGAAGUUCUGGAGAGAGAACGCUGGCAGACUGAACGAGAAGAACUAUGAGCUGUUGAAGAUCUUGAUUCGACUGUUGGAGACGUCGAAGGACCCACAGAUUCUGGCGGUGGCCUCACACGACAUCGGAGAGUACGUCAGACAUCUACCCCGCGGGAAACACCUGAUUGAGACCCUUGGAGGGAAACAGUUGGUGAUGCAGCACAUGCACCAUGAGGACCAGUCUGUGCGCUACCAGGCCCUACUAGCUGUACAGAAACUCAUGGUUCACAACUGGGAAUACCUGGGAAAACAGUUGCAGGCUGCGUAGAUGUGCAGUACUUAACAUGUCCAUUAAGCUUCAAAUGUAGUGAUAAGGCCACACCAAUUUAAUUUCUUGGUUAACGA